AUGCUGUCCGCGUUCAAGGCUCAGCCGAUCGUUGAGCUCAAGCAACGCGACAAGUCGAAAAUCGAAUCCAUCCUAGCUCACAGCGACCAGCUCCUGGUCGGUCUCAAUACUGGUUCCCUCCGCAUCUACCGUGUCAACGCGUCGCCCACCCCCAUCGAAGGCGAGACACAAUCCGACGAUGGCGACUCACAGCGUGUACCCUCCGAGUUGCUGAGGGAAUAUGAGAAGUUUGCUAAAUACAAGAUUGAGCAACUGGCCAUCUUUCGUGAAGCCAACGUCCUCAUCUCGCUGAGCAAUGGCCUGGUAUCUCUGCAUGAACUGGGAAGCUAUGAGCUGCAGGAGCAAUUGAUACGGACCAAAGGUGCGACCACGUUUGCGGUUACGAGCAACAUUGUCAAGGAUCCUCAGACCAGCGUACCGACCCUGGUCAGCAGACUCGCCGUGGCCGUGAAGAGGCGGAUCCUGUUAUGGGAAUGGCACGAAGGAGAGUUGACUGGCGAUGCCGCCGAGAUUGCUUUGCCGAGUACCGUCAAGUCCCUAACGUGGGCAACGGGCACCAAGGUCAUUGCUGGCCUCAGCACGCAUUACGAAUUGGUUGACGUUGAAACACAGGAGAGCAAGACCAUUAUCGGACCAGGGAGCAUCGGAGGCACGCCAGGUCAGGAUACCUCGCGGCUCGGGGGUACCAUGAGCUACAUUGGUAUGGGGUCGAUGGUGCCUGACCCGCUUGCCACUGGCCUGGGGGAGAAAGAGAUGCUGCUCGCGAAGGACAUAAACACCCACUUUGUUGAUCGAGACGGCGAGCCGCUUGGGCGACGGCAGAUUACAUGGAAAUCCGCACCUCAAGCUAUUGGCUACUCGUAUCCUUAUCUACUCGCGCUGCAAGAUGGUACCAAGGGAGUGCUUGAAGUCAGAAACCCGGAAACAUUAACGCUACUGCAAUCCAUCGAGCUGCUAGGUGCCAUUCGCCUUCAGGUACCGAAUCCCAACAUCAGCCUGGCACACCAAGGCAAAGGCUUUCUUGUGGCCAGCGAGCGUGCUAUUUGGAGAAUGCAGGGGUUAGGGUACGACGCUCAGAUCGAUGCGCUGGUGAAGAGUGGUACCUUGGAUGAAGCCAUCAGUCUGCUUGGCAUGAUUGAAGAAACCCUGAUUGAGGACAAAGCAGGCCGGAUGCGGGAAAUCAAGAUGCAGAAGGCGCAAAGGUUCUUCGACGAAAAGAAGUUCCGCGAAUCUCUCGACUUGUUUAGUGAGGUCUCCGCGCCGCCGGAGCGCGUCAUCAAGCUAUAUCCUGAGCUCAUCGCUGGUGACCUGGCGCCCAAACCGGACCUUGAAGCCUCAUCAACACCAAGUAGCCCAAAGAAAGGCCACAGGAAGACUGCCUCGGUCUUGAGCUCACAGUCGAAGGAUGACAAGACGGAUAAGGCAAGUAUUCGAAGCACGAAAACUGCAGAGGAGAGUGGUUGGAACGAGAAGGAAUUGAAGAUGGCUGUUCGAGAACUCCAAGCAUUUCUGGCCGAUGUGCGUCGUCGUUUACAGCGAUUCUUUGAUCCUGAUCAGACUGUCAAGAACCUCGACGAGGUCCAAGAGCUGUUCCAGUCCGAAGAUGUACGACGAAUGGUCGAGCAUCUUUUGGGAGUUUCUGAACUCGAUACCGUCAGCCUGGAAGAACAGCUACCAGCCCUGGCCCGACAAGUUGACACAACGUUAUUCAGAGCACAUAUGUUUGCAACACCGUCGCUUGCAGGCCCUCUGUUCCGCAUCGCGAAUUUCUGCGAUCCAGAAGUGGUCAUGGCCAGACUUGAAGAGACAGAGCGGUACAACGACGUGAUUGACUUUCUCUUUGGCAAGAAGUUGCACCGACAGGCGCUCGAAAGGCUGCAGAAGUUUGGCCAGGCAAAAGACACUGAGGAUAUGGACACGCAGUUGCAGGGCCCGGGUCGGACUGUGUCAUACCUGCAAGCACUCCCACCCGAGAUGCUCGAUCUGAUCCUCGACUUCUCGAAAUGGCCAAUGCAAGUCGACCCGAAUAUGGGCAUGCAGGUAUUUUUAGCCGACACUGAGAACGCCGAGAUGCUAGACAGGGCCAAAGUGCUUGCAUUUCUGAAGUCUAUUGACGAAGCUCUUGCUCGUCGGUAUCUCGAACAUGUCAUUGACGAGUGGAACGAUCUCACGCCGAGUCUGCACCAGGAACUGCUCAAUUUGUACCUCUCACGGUUAAAAGAAAACCCAAAAGACGAAGAGCUACUGGACAGGUUCCUGACAUUGCUCAAAACAUCCGCUCAGUACUCGCCAGCAAAGGUAUUGAACGCGCUACCCAAGGAUGACCCUACAUUCUACGAAGCAAGGGCGGUGCUCUUCAGCAAGAUGGGCAACCAUAAGCAGGCCUUGGAGAUUUAUGUCUUCAGGUUGGACGAUUCUGCAAAGGCAGAAGAGUAUUGCAAUCAAGUUCACCUCGAGAUGGUCAACGAAAUUGGUAAGCCCUCCACGAGGCGAGGCUCUACAACCGAUCCUACCGACGAGGAUCCAUCGAUAUACCACGUCCUCUUGAAUCUCUAUCUGAACCCCCCGAAAGGCGAGAAGGCUCAAUACGGUCCAGCUAUCGAGCUAAUGGCCAAGCACGGAGCUCGACUGCCCGCCAGCUCAACACUCGACCUGAUACCGUCCGAACUACUCGUCCGCGAGCUCGAGUUUUACUUCCGCGGUCGGAUGCGCAACGCCAACACCAUUAUGAAUGAGUCGAUGAUCGUAGCAGGACUUCGCAAGGUGGACGCCGUCCGCGUGCAAGCAGCAUUGCAGCUGGGCGAGGGCACUAAAUCGGGCGGUCGUUCGCGUAAGGUGCGGAUUGACGAAGAUCGUGUGUGCGGCGUCUGCCACAAACGCCUAGGUGGCAGCGUCAUCAGCGUCUUCCCAGACAACUCGGUGGUGCAUCUGGGUUGCGCCAACCGCAAGCAGAGUGUGGUCGUGUCCGCUUAA